AUGUCAGUGCGAGAUCCUCAGCUUCUUCUGCCUCGUCUAAUUCGUGCUUGCGCUAAUCAUGAAAUUGUUGUACCAGAAGUUGCUGUAGAAGAAAGUAGAAAAUCACCAGCAACAAAGACUAAAGAAGCUUCAACAUCUGUUAAAAGAGCCAAAGAUACAAACAAACCUUAUAGAUCAGGUUUUCAUGCAAUCAAUGAGUUUGUGAACAAGUACCUUGAGGAAGAUGGAGAAGUAAGGAAAAAGGAUUGUGAAAAAUUCUGGUUCACAUACUUUCAGUUAGAGAAGCAAAAGGAGAGCCCUUUUUGGCCUAUAUUAGAUGUCUUUGUUUACAAGAAAGCUGAAAAGAAAGAGGAGGAAAAGUCAGAGAAGAAAAAGCAGAAGAAGAGAGAUGUGUGGUUCAAGAAUCCAGACUCAAUCUUGAAGGUUGUGAACCAAUUCCGCCAUGAUAAUUCAGGGGAAAAUGUUUUCGUUUUCAAUACUGCCGAGGAGAAACAGUAUGUGGAAGUAGAAAGUAUGCCAGAAGACUUGGUUUUAAUUUUUGGGUUACCUAUGGUGGAAUCAGAACCUGUAGAAGGAGAAAGUACCAAAACUCAAGCUGAGAUGAGAUAUGGUUCACUGAUAACCCGAAUGAAACUGAAGGAUCCAACUAAGUUGGGGAAACUAGAUGUGGAGAAUGAAAUCUUGCGUAUAAUGAAGUUAAAACCAAAGUUGGAUAGAGAGAUUGAAAGAAAUGCUGAGGACUUGUACUGGUUUUCUGAACAUAACAACAGCAUGACGCCAAGCAAUGAACAAGGUUUCUCUAGGUUUCUAAGGUGGGUAAUAAGUGACAUCAGCAAUACAAUCGAGAAAGCCAUUAAUGAAUCUAUGAAAAAGAAAAAUAGGCAACAAAAUAGCACAGAUGCACUGAAGAGAAAGCUGUACAUAGCACUACAGCAAAGAGAUGAAGCAUUGGAAGAGCUUUCUGACUUGCAGGUUAAACAUGAAAAGCUUGUUAGCUUCAUUGAAGAAAAAAUCAAAAAAAUUCAUGCAGCUGAUCCGAGGAAUGUGGAAAAUGAUAAGGAUCUUGUUGAUUUAUUUGUUGACACCUUGCAAGAAAUCAUUUCAUUUAACAAAGAAUUAAAAAGAGAGGAUGAACGUGAUGAUGAUGACCAGGAGGAGGAGGAAGGUGAGAAAGGUAAUGAUGAUGAGAAAUGUGAGAAAUGUGGUGAUAUACAUGAUGAUAGUGAUGAUGAUGAUGAGGAGGAGGAGGGUGGUGAUGAGGAGGAUAGAACUGAAUCCGAAAAGAACAAAGUUCCAUCCGAAACUCCUAAAAAGCCAAGCACUUCUAUGCCACAGAAAAAUGAAGAUCAACAAGACCAGAUGGACCUUGAUAACCAGGAUGUCAGAAAUACCACUCAAACAUAUGAAAUUGAUGAAGCUGCGAUAAUUGCAUCUCAAGCCAUAUCUCAGCUGGACCCUAAAUGCAUGUUGCCGGUUGAAGAAGAUGUGUUUUUUCUCACACAAGGAGAAGAAACAGAGAAUGGGACUUAUACAUCAAUUUAG